UUCAUUUCAAGAGCUUGUAAUUCGUUUCCUUAUUUCUUCCCAGUCGUAGACCUCUAAUAUAUCUAGAGAUGUCAUAGAGUUGAUUAGAAGGUCAGAUUGAGUGGGCACACACCUUGAGAUCAUAUUCUUCCUCCUGCAGAUGAUGUAUCGAGCAACAGGAUUUGACACCCGAAGCAGAGGUUUGAAACCAUGGAUGAUUGCCCUUCUCAUUGUAUUGUUACUGACAGUGGUGGCUGUGGCUAUCGGUCUUCUGGUUCACUUCUUAGUCUCUGACGAGAAAAUGGAGUAUUAUCAUGCCACUUUUAAAAUUUCAGAUCUACGAGUCAACCGUAAUUCUGGACCAAAUAGCCAAUAUCAGUUUAUGGAAUUACGGGAGAUUAGUGAAAACCUGGUGGAUGAGACAUUUAUAGAUUCGGCCUUGAACAAGCAUUAUAUCAAGAACCAAGUAGUGAAACUGACUCCAGAGGAAGAUGGGACGACAGUAGAUAUCAUUAUGGUGUUUCAGUUCCCCUCUGCUGAGCCAAGUGCAGUGAGAAGUAGGAAAAUCCGCAGCAUCUUAGAUGAGAAGAUAAGGAACACCAGAGUCUUGCCAAUAAACACCUCAUCAGUUGAAGUUAAUGCAAUGAGCUCAUCAACAGGGAAGCUAACUGUCCAAGCAUGUUGUGGUAAACGAGCUGUUCCAUUAGUAAGCAACAGAAUAAUGUCCGGAGAGAUCGCGGGCAAGGCUGCCUGGCCUUGGCAAGCUUCACUUCAAUAUAAUAACAUACAUCAGUGUGGGGCCACCUUGAUUAGCAAUACUUGGCUUGUUACUGCAGCGCACUGCUUUAAGAAUAAAGCAAACCCACAUCAGUGGACUGUUAGCUUUGGAACAAAAAUCAACCCUCCGUUAAUGAAAAGAAACAUCAGAAGAAUUAUUGUCCAUGAGAGGUACCACUUCCCAGCAAGAGAGAACGACAUUGCCGUUGUGCAGUUCUCUCCCAGAGUCACUUUUACUGAUGACAUCCGUCGAAUUUGUUUGCCAGAAGCCUCUGCGUCCUUCCAACCAAAUUCAACUGUCUAUAUCACAGGAUUUGGAGCACUUUUUUACGGUGGGGAAUCCCAAAAUGAUCUUCGAGAAGCCAGACUGAAAAUCAUAAGUGAUGAUGUGUGCAAGCAGCCACAUGUGUAUGGCAGUGAUAUAAAAUUUGGAAUGAUGUGUGCUGGAUAUCUGGAAGGAAUAUAUGAUGCCUGCAGGGGUGAUUCUGGGGGACCUUUAGUUGGAAAGGACCUUAAAGAUACCUGGUAUCUCAUUGGAAUUGUGAGCUGGGGAGAUAACUGUGGUCAAAGAAACAAACCUGGAGUCUACACAAAAGUGACUUAUUACCGAAACUGGAUUACUUCAAAAACAGGCCUCUAAUUCGCUGUAAAACUUAAACACUGAGAGCUGUAUGCAGGUCAUACAUGCAUGAGAAUCCAUAUAUUCUGUGGUUGUAGUACAAUGAAGUGAGAUUAAAUGACAUGAUUUAUUUCCAAAUCACUUUAAUCAACCAAAAACCCCAUGGCCAAUUUGUAAAGGAUUUAAAUUUAUAAGGUAGUGAGCCAGUUUAGCCUGGUUUAAAAAAUACAACAGAGAUAGGGAGCUUUUUAAGUCAGUGAGCUAGAAUAUAGAAGAGAAGCAAUGCAAAUUUUUGAGGAUAAUCCAUAACAUUUUUAGGGUGUCUUUGUUAGGGAUGUCUUCUUAAACAAGAAACUUUUUAAAUUCUCAGAGUUUAGGAAACCUGUGUAUAAUUUUCUAUCAUUUCUCCAGAGCUCACAAAUACUUAUUUUCCCCUUUUUUUCUUGUUCUUCAUGUUUUCCAAAGAGAUUUUACAUAUUUUCUAUUUAUAAAUCCAUUGGAAGGAUUUUAAUUUUUUAAAAAGUUAUAUCUAAGAAACAAAGUCUGGUGAUAAAUCAAGCCAGAGAUCUUCUAACCUUUGUCUGCUGUGAAAUCUCCCUGCUUUUUCAGUGAUAAAGAUAACAUAAACACACACACAUACCCCACACACAUGUGCACACACAGAAUAUCCCUAUCUUCAGAUAUUCCCAGAAAAGCAUGAUUGAUAAAUAUAGACAGUAACUAGCUAGUCAAAAAUGUAUUUUUGUUUCAAAUAUUUGGGGGAAUGUGAUAGUAACUUCAGGAGCUGUCCCAAAACAAUGGCACAAAAAAAUUGAACAUUUUAUAGGUGCAUUUACAUGCUUUGACCACCAGGGGGAAGCUUUGUAAAUUAUUGUUAAGAUUAAAUGCCUAGAAAAAAUUGAGAAUCUGUUAAUAUGUUGAAGAAUUAAUGAGCAUUAUCUUUCCACAUGGGAUUCCCUCGUAGCUCAACAGGUAAAGAAUCUGCCUGCAAUGCAGGAGACCCUGGUUCAAUUCCUGGGUCGGGAAUAUCCUCUGGCGAAGGGAUAGGCUACUCACUCCGGUAUAAAAGUUUAUUCCUUUGUAUUACUGUAGCCAAUUGUCUCCUAAGGCUUGUGGCAAUAGCCUAUUGCAACCAUGAAAUACUAGGUAUUUUUUGCUAGUUUAAUAAAUGUAGAUUUUGAUGACCUACCAUACAGAAGACAUGACCAAAGUGAUUUGAAAUAGCCAAUGAACCCACCAAGUGUCUCAUGAAGAUAUUAAGAGAGUCACGCUCAUGUAUUCCAUAAUAUUAAUACAAUUAGAUGAUGAUUUUGUAGAAACUGUUACUCUGUGUGACAAUACUGGUUAGACAUCAGGGUUAUGCAUCAUUUACUCAUAUAACCCAACUAUAAACCAAGCCAUCAGAAAAUUGAGCUAUUUUAUAAUUCCCCUCAUGUGCUAUUGAUAAGGCACAAAAAUAAUGCUAAAAUAAUCUAAAGGAGAUUUAAAAUUUAUUCACCAUAGAAAUUAAUCCAUAAGAUAGACUCAUGGUAUUUGAAGCGCAGGAAACACUCCAAGUCCUGUAGGCCAGUACACUUAAGAGUUCAGAGAACUGCAGCCAGGAGAAGUAAAUGACUUAGUGAAGCUGUAGGUAAUUUGUGUCCCCAAUGGGCCUAGGGCCCAAGGCCUAGGACCCACCAAUUUCACAUACCCUUUUCUUACAAAGUAUCUUUAUGAUCAUCUAUAUUAUUUAAUCAUCAGCUGUAUAAAAAUUUCAGUGAGUCUACUGAAUCUGUGUUAAAUUAAGAAACUCAAGAAUUUUAAAUGAUGUGAUUCACUAAGGCAGCUGGCUGCCAAUUCUCAGAACUCACUUAAGGAUAAAGUUGCUUCUUCAUACAUAAAGAUAUACAUAGGCAUAUAAAUUGUUCAAUAUUAUGGUGGUAAGAUACAAUUCUGAUUUCUGGUGUUAAGAUUCAAGGAACGAUCUUAGAGUUAUAACUUUGUGUUUCUAAAUAGUCUUGUGAAACAUUUAAUCCUGGAUCACAUAUAAGCAAAUAUUGGUGUAUCAUUUAAAAUCUAAUAAUAAAGUUGGUGAUCAGAGCAUUCUACAAAUAAUAUCAUUGAA